GUUACUUUACUACACGAAAGUAGUUGUCUAGUUGUUCAGCAUAUUAGUGGCUGUGGAUAUUCCUGAUCAAUCGUCACUGAAUUUUUUUUCAUUUCAAUCUUUCUCAAAGCGCGAUUCGUGUAGCUGAAAAGGUCGUGAAAACUUGGUUCAGAUUUUAUACUAUUAAAGAAGACGAUGAAUUCUUUGAAAGUAUUUCUCAUAGUAUGGACCUGUACCAUUGCUUUUGAUACAUCGGUGACCGCUGCCGAGGAAGGUGAUACAAACGUAUUAGACACCAAACAAAAAUUUUGUGGAGAAUUGCUCGAUAGGACUAUAGAAAAACAUUGUGUAGAUAAACCAAGAAUGCUUGUAUUCCAGCCGUCAAAGACACAACAAAGGAAUCAAACAAAUACUAUUGUUGGAAGAUUCAAAAUAAGAGGAGAAAAACAUGGAUUUCUUCAAAGACAAUGCUGUGAGAAGGAAUGCAGCGAACAUUUCAUAAAAUCGAAUUGUCCGGGAACACGUAAAGGUGAUAAAGUGAAGAGAAUUGAAAUUAUUGGCCAUCAACCAACUACGUCUAAAACCAUGACUACUGCAAGACCACGGCAUAAGUGGAGAUUUAUUAGGAGGAAUAGAACUACUACCACCAGUCGCCCAACUACCACUACAACAACUACUACCGUUCGUCCAACUACAACUUCAAGAACCACUACAGAAUAUGAUGAUCUAUUAUAUUUUAUACUUACAUCUUCAUAA